AUGGAGAGGGAAGUCAAUGGCAUCAAUGGAGUAUGUUCAGAUCUCUGCUAUCGAUUCUUCAAAUGGUGGGGUUUUAACGUUACCGUUAUCAUCAUGAACAAAUGGAUCUUCCAGAAACUGGAUUUCAAGUUUCCGUUGUCCGUUUCGUGCGUUCAUUUCAUAUGUACACCGAUUGGAGCUUACAUUGUGAUCAGAGUCCUGAAGAUAAAACCAUUGAUCGUUAUUGAUCCAGAAGAUCGAUGGAAGAGGAUUUUCCCAAUGUCGGUCGUAUUCUGUAUCAACAUUAUCUUGGGAAACAUCAGUCUUAGAUACAUCCCUGUCUCUUUUAUGCAGGCAAUCAAAUCCUUCACUCCAGCAACAACAGUUGUGUUACGGUGGAUGGUAUGGAGGAAAUAUUUCGACUGGCGUAUUUGGGCGUCGUUGGUUCCAAUUGUCGGUGGGAUCCUUCUGACUUCUAUUACAGAACUUAGCUUUAAUGUGUUUGGUUUUUGUGCUGCUUUGUUUGGUUGUUUAGCUACCUCUACAAAGACCAUUCUUGCGGAAUCUCUUCUUCACGGUUACAAAUUCGACAUCAUAAACACAGUGUACUAUAUGGCGCCAUUUGCGACCAUGAUUCUCGGUUUACCAGCAAUUUUACUUGAAGGCAACGGAAUCUUGGAUUGGUUCGAAGCACACCCGUCUCCAUGGUCGGCUCUCAUCAUCAUAUUCAGCUCGGGUGUUCUAGCUUUCUGUCUUAACUUCUCCAUCCAACUGAUUUUACAUCAACAGCUUUGCUUUAUAAAAUUAUGUCAUAUUCUAAAGCUUAUUUAAAUAUUGUAUACACUACUCAUAUCUUAUUAAUUUAUUUAUUUUUGUAGUUCAAAACAUAUGUAGUGGAUGUGUGUAGUCCUAUUUUAUAUAAUAGUUUUUUUGCAACUGAUAAAUUUAAAUUUCCAUUUCUUGCAACCAAUAAACUUAAAAUUAACACGAAAGUUUGUAAAUAAAUACAUAAAAUUAUAUAGAUAUGAUCAUAGAAAUUUGAUUAAAUACAACUUAAUACAAAUUUAGGGAAAUUUAGUGAAGGGUAUUAGGUGGAUAUGAGAAAGUGAGUGGGAAACAUAUUUUAAAAGUUUACAGAUUUGUUAAAUUUCAGAAAAAAGAUUUGCUAAAUUUUGAAAUAGUUUGUAUUAGAAAAUUCGUCAAAUUGUUUUUAUUAUAUUAACUUUAAAAAUCUAAGCCAUAUAGAUAGUAUUUUGAAAUUUU